GAUUUCUAUUAGAAAGAAUUCUUCUGGCAGUUGAUUCGGAAUCUAUUUUCUACAUUCUGGUGCUCUUUCCUAUCCCGAUUCUCACGCUCGCAUAAAAUCUGACAGCUAAAGCAAUCGAAGAAAUCUUACAAACUUAAGCAAGUGAGGAAGAUUUCCAGAAAAGUGGCCAGGAAUCGACUUUUGACCCUUCUCAAUUACAGCUGGAAUACUGGCACAAAGACGGGGGCUAAGGAAUUCGAAGAAUAGCACAAGCUCAGGCGUUCAAGGAGUUCAAAGACCGACAGCAAACAAUCCUGGGAUAUUUCUACAUGUUCAUAUUUUUCCAGUCACAGUUUUACGCCGUUUUGGAAGCAAGCACCUCAUUCUAAGAUAUUUCUCGAAUGCAAAGACUUGAUGAUAGCUAGAAUUUACGCAGCGAAUCAUCAUCAAACAAUUCUAUACUGGCAUACCACUUUAGUCACCGUUCUCGAUUUAGCACAAGCACCGAAGCUCGAAGUACUCAAACAGAAGCAGAAGCCUAGGCACCCAGAGACUUUGAAGACAGGCGGCGGGCAAUCCUCAAUCGAUUCUAUACUUUUGUCUUCUCUUCGACCAAAUCGGCACGAGCAUCAACAAGCAGAGUUGUUGGCAAACAAUUUCAUAAUCCUCAAAAUAUUGUAAAGCUACCGGCUCUUAUGAUUUAAGUGUAAACGGUGCAUAAUUCUCAGCUCGUUCUAUUCUUCCAUUCUCCGAUCGAACAUAGAAUUCUCGGUCUCAAAGUAAAAAGUGGCCCGCGCUUCAAACCCCCAAAGACAACCACUUUUCUCUAGGAAUUUCUUGUCAGUUCUCUUGAUUUAACUACUUCCCAGUCACACAAUGUCGAGCAUUGAAGAACAGAUCAAGGAUGAGCGCCGCGUCACAAAUCUUCUGCGGGCAGCAAUUGAUUUGCAACUAGAAUUCGAGAAAGCUACGGAGAAACUGAUUAAAAAUAUGUGUAAAGAUUUGGAAGGAAUGAAAGCUGCUGGUUACUCAAGUGAAGAUUGGACUAUAAUGUUUGAUACGGCACAGCAACUAGUUGACACUUUCACAAUAUUGACCGUUGAGGAGAGCCCCAUGUCUACGAUUGAGGAAAGAAAAGUCGUUUUCAGAGUCGAGAAAGAGGUCAUGAAUGGAGAAAAGUCGGAGGAAGACAUUGAAGAAUACCUGGAAGCAUUACUGAAGGAGAUACAUCCCAAUUUGGACCAGAUCAGAGCUGCUGCCAGUUUAGAGAAGGAGGAACUACGCGAUGUGUUUGGGUUGUCAAAGCAAAUGGCCAAACCUCAUAAGUUUGCGUUUGACGGAGAAAUUAAAACUGCAACUAUUGAGAAGAAAGAAGACGAUAGAGUAAAUAGGAAAAAAAAGAAAAAUAAGAAGAGGGGAAAGAGAAAGUAUGACACAAAUGGAGGAGUUUCAUGUCUCUCGGCAAAGGACUGAGGGAUUGACGAAUCGUCUCUUCUUAUACUGUACUAUGAUAUCGAAGGAAAUUGAAGUUCAAGAUAUUGAAAGGGGCAGAUGAUUUCGAGCUAACGCUUGAGAUUUUUCUCAGUUAUACCUGCUUCGAUAAAAGGCUUGAGGAGUUUUGUGCUCUCAACUUUUGCAAAGCUACAGCUAUACAUUGAACUUCUUUGCCGCUCGCUCAAAAGCGUUAAGCUCGUUUUUGAUUCCAGUCUAUUAUUCUUACAUAUUUUGUAUGAAGGACAUGCCAUCAAUUUUGAGAGUAGGAAUCUGAAGAUUAGGAAUUGUAGAUUCUGGAAGAGCUACAAUAGAUUCGAUCAGGAGCAUUUGCCAAAAAUCCCUUAUUUGUACGGUGAUGCGAUGUAUUUUCAUACCGCGAUAUUCUUGGUGGCUUCGGAGUAUGUUUAACUGCCCAGGUACUCUUACCCUAUCUAAGACUAGCACUUUGUUUCAAAUUCAAUCAUGUUUUAUGUGGUAAUUUUUACUGUCAAUACAUGUUUGUAGUGGUGUAAAUGUUGUACAUCACUCAAAUAAAUGGUGUUAUUUUCAACAAUUCACCA